GGGAAGGGAGACAAGUACAAAGCAAAUGAAUAUACUACUCUUCUCACUCUGCAACUCGUUCUUCAUUGCCCGAAUGAACCCUUUGUUUUUCAACUCUAAAAGUGGUUUCUAGUUGGUCGGCGGCAAAUCAAGAAACAGAGUGGAAGAGCUGUGCAGAUGUGAGAAGUUGGUUCAAUGUGGCCUGUCUUUGCUUGCAGAAGAGGGAAUUGCUCGGGAAUCUGUCUCACUUCACUCCCUUUUUCUUGGAAUAACCAUUCAUAAUUUUGAUUGAAGAGAGGUUGAUUGACACUUCUGGAAAUUCAGUAUGACUUUUGCUAACUCAAGAUCUGCAAGUUUUGAAGAUGAUCCGGAGCUAGCAAAAUUUCCAUCAACCAACGGUGACAAUGGCGUUAAGAUUAAAUUUCACAUUGACGGAACACAAAUACCUGAGCCUAGUUCUAAUAUGGCUCAGAAAAAGGUGACAGGGAAGUUCUUGAAAGCUAGAAUGUUGUCAAGAGUGUUCUCCGAAGACUACGACCGAGUAAAUCGAAGAGUGUUAGAUCCUAGGGGACAAACCAUACACCGAUGGAACAAGAUUUUCUUGGUAGCAUGUUUAGCAUCUUUGUUUGUGGACCCUUUGUUCUUUUAUCUUCCAGUGGUUCGAGAUGAAGUGUGCAUUGAUAUUGGAAUAACUAUUGAAGUUAUCCUCACAUUGGUAAGAUCAGUGGUGGAUGUCUUUUAUGUGUUUCAGAUUUUGAUGAAGUUUCGGACGGCUUUUGUUGCUCCUUCUUCAAGAGUUUUUGGGAGAGGAGAACUUGUUGUAGGAUAUUAUAAGAUUGCAUUUAGGUACCUCCGCAAGGGUUUCUGGUUAGAUUUUGUUGCCGCCCUGCCCCUUCCUCAGGUGUUAAUUUGGAUUGUUAUCCCAGCUCUUAGGGGUUCAACCAUGGCAAACACAAAAAAUGUCCUUCGCUUUUUCAUCAUUUUCCAAUAUAUUCCGAGGCUAGUUUUGAUUUUCCCACUUUCAUCACAAAUUGUUAAAGCUACAGGGGUUGUGACAGAAACGGCAUGGGCAGGGGCUGCUUACAACCUUAUGCUUUACAUGCUGGCUAGCCAUAUUUUAGGGGCUUGCUGGUACCUUCUAUCAAUCGAACGUCAAGAAGCAUGCUGGAGAAGUGUAUGUGAUUUGGAGAAGUCAUUUUGUCAAUAUGGAUUCUUUGACUGCCACAGGGUAAAAGAUGCACUCAGGGUGUCCUGGUUUAUGGCAAGUAAUAUCACAAAUUUAUGCUCACCAAAUGCAAACGAUGACUUCUAUCAGUUUGGUAUAUACGCUGAUGCCGUGACUUCCAAAGUUACAUCCUCGGCAUUCUUUAAUAAGUACUUCUUUUGCCUGUGGUGGGGCCUGAGGAAUUUGAGUUCUUUGGGACAAGGCCUUCUUACUAGCACACAUGUUGGAGAAAUAAUGGUCGCCAUUGUUGUUGCAACCCUUGGAUUGGUUCUUUUUGCACUGCUAAUUGGUAAUAUGCAGACAUAUCUCCAAUCAACUACUGUUCGCUUAGAAGAGUGGAGGGUGAAAAGAACUGAUACAGAACAAUGGAUGCAUCACAGGCAACUACCUCCAGAACUAAGAGAAACUGUGCGAAAAUAUGACCAAUACAAAUGGUUGGCUACACGAGGAGUCGAUGAAGAAGCUCUUCUUAAAGGACUUCCCGUGGAUCUUCGGAGAGACAUCAAGCGCCACCUCUGUCUUGAUCUAGUCCGAGGAGUGCCAUUAUUUGAUCAAAUGGACGAGAGAAUGCUGGACGCAAUAUGCGAGAGACUAAAGCCAGCAUUGUGCACAGAGGGCACGUUUCUGGUCCGCGAGGGUGAUCCUGUGAACGAGAUGCUCUUCAUAAUCCGAGGCCAUCUCGAUUCUUACACCACCAACGGGGGCCGGGCCGGGUUCUUCAACUCGUGCCGUAUUGGACCGGGCGAUUUCUGCGGCGAGGAGCUUCUGACAUGGGCCUUGGACCCACGGCCCAGUGUGAUACUCCCCUCAUCCACUCGAACAGUGAAAUCCAUCUCAGAAGUGGAGGCCUUUGCACUCAUAGCCGAAGACCUGAAAUUCGUUGCGUCACAGUUUAGACGACUACACAGCAAACAACUCAGACAUAAGUUCAGGUUUUACUCUCACCACUGGAGAACUUGGGCUGCGUGUUUCAUUCAAGCUGCAUGGAGAAGGCACAAGAAAAGAAAGCAAGUGGCUGAACUAAGGGCAAGGGCAAUUAAUGUUAAUAUUGCUGAGCCUGAAACACCAACUAGGACAGAUUCUGGCCUUGUAAGCUCCUUGCAGAAGCCAGCAGAACCUGAUUUCUCUGUUGAUGAAUGAUAUUAUUAAUUAGUCAAUGUACAUUAUUAACUUAUAUAGUCUCUUGCUCGGUUACGUGUAGUUUUUGUUUUCACGAUUUGUUCAUAUAAAUUAGAGAUAGGGAUUCUUGUGAAAAAUUGAGUAACUGUGCUUUAUUAAUUAUUAGAAUGCAUGCACGUGGAAUCCGAAGCUAUGAAUGAUGAUGAGCUAGAAAACAGUCUAAAUUAUAUGUUAUAGAAGUUCAAUUGUGGUUUGAACAGAGGAGAUUUAA